AUGUCGUCGCCCUUCUUCAUCCCGGUCGAUAUUGCUCAUACCGCACUGCUUCUCUCGGACGUGCAAACGCAAAUCUUACAGAGAUUCCCUCCCGAUGUUCAGAAAAACUACAUGGACAACAUCAAAACACUUCUUGAACAUUUCAGGGCUGAAAUCUCCAAGCGCCGCGCUGAUAAGGCUUCCGAAAAUGGAUCCGCCCCUUAUGAUGGAGUACCUCUCAUUGUUCAUCACACACUGCCCUUCAACCUCAACUCCAACGCCUUUCUUGAGAAGGCAGGGUACUUUAAGAAUGCACCGUCGGAUCCUCACCACCCCCAUUAUGGCGUCCCAGCCGAGAUAACGCCAUCGGACGGUUGGGGCAGCAAGGAUGAGAUCGUCUUGGGCAAAUUGCAGCCAAAUUGCUUUGGUUCAUCAGACCUGCUGGCAUAUCUACGGGCACGUGGCAUUCGUCAUAUUGUAUUGGUAGGCUUGACUACAAUGGGAAGCAUCUUGGGAUCGGCAAGAGCUGGUGCGGACUUGGAUUUCCAUGUCUGUUGCUUGGAAGAGGGAAUUAUGGAUGAUGAUCCCGAGGUGCACAAGUUUUUGAUGACAAAGGUGCUGCCCAAAUUUGUGGAUAUAGUUGGUCUUCAAGAUAUUCUGCAGCUGUGA